GAAAAGUAAUUACGAUACAAAAAUAGCAGAAAGUUUUUGUCUUGGCAUAUUGAUAGGAAUGAGGAAUUCUAUGUAUGAAAUAAGUGUGCAGGAUUUGUUAGUUAAAUUUAUUUGUACUCGGUAGACAGCUAUAAUUAUUUAUUUCGCACGUGCGAGGACAGCCUGCGUGGUGACGACCUUUUCGAAACUUCUCGAGGAAAGAGGGUGUUGGGACCCUAUAACUAAUAAAAUAACUAGUAAAAGUAACUAGAAUCCAUGGCUGACGUGCGCGCGACGCGCAUUGAGCACGCAGCCGGACGAUUGCCUCCCUUUCCCUUCCGCAGUCCCUUCCCCUUCCACUAAUUCCGCAGCUACUUCGAAGCCGAGAGGUUGCCAAGGCGCAACAGGCCGACGACGGGAACGGUUCGCCUUGACUCGAGUUGGCUCGGUGGCGCUUGGGGGCGAGAUCCAACACACCGCGCGGCAGCAGGGGUAAAGAGGUACCGCUUUUUUUCCGAUCGGAGAACUCGCGGCGAGGCGCGGAGUUGCCAGAGUUGCGCAUCGUCGUCGGCGCGGUCGCGCAGGUUGCCAGAUCGUCGCAACUCGCUCGAAUUAGCGUAACGCGACGUCGUCCGACGGAUCGGAGCGGCAGCAGUCACCGCACGGAGAUCGGACGGCGGGGCCGAGUCGGGCCGCGACCAGUCGCAAGCAGCGGAAUAGGCCGUGCGAUACUCGCUUCUUCCCGUGCGCCGCUUGGUGCGUCGCGUCGCGUCGCGUCGCGCUCGCUCGUGAUCCUCCACCGAGCGCUUUCGCGUCCACCCGUCCUCGACAGCCGUCUCGGGCGUUCACUUGCAUCGCGAGGCAGACCAGAGAGGCCGAUCGGAGUCGCGCGUCCACGCGUUUCGGUGUGACGAGUUUUGUCACGCGCGAAAACCCGUUUCUCGCGGUUUGACGUGACGGUGUCGUCAUCGUCAUUGUCAUCGCCCCAGUGACGUACCCGACAAGGGUGUCCGCGUUCGGUCUCGCUCUCGAAUGUGCACGGCGCGUACCGCGACCUCGCGAGAGGUUCUCUGGACACCUUCGUCUUUUCGUUCCGCGGAUACGCCGCGCGAUCGGUGCGAUCGAGAUCGCGUUGGCUGCUAGGAAACGCGCGAGGCGGGAUCUUUCGAGACUCGAGAGAGCACUCUCCCCUUCUCCCUCCCUCUCUCUUUCGGCUUCUCUGUUUCUCUCUCCUCCUCUUACCCUGUCCCUCUCUCUUUUUUCUCAGGUCGUGUUUCCUGUGCUCUCGCACUCGUCACGAGUCCACGCAGGUAGGGCGAGCCGAUCCAUCGGGAGAGGUGGGAUCGACGUCGAGAAAAGCUAGUCUCGCAGUCUCGACCGGUGCAGGCGGCUCGCAACGCGCAAAUCGGGAAGCGAUCGUGGAGCGGAGGUAGGCAGCGGGAAGGAGGACCAUCCCCAUCGGGUAUCGCGGGGAACGUUGCUGCUGGUGUCCAACGACGACGGCGACGACGUUGCUCCGACUGUUUUAUUUCGCCGCGGCGAGACGUGCAGGUGGAAGGGAUUAUCGACGCCGUCUCGUGGGAACGAAACGAUCGCAGCGAAGAAAGGAAGGCGAAGAAAGAGAACGAGAAGUCUGCCGCCGCUGCUACGUCGCAUGUAACGCGAGUGCGCAUAUAGGUGCCGUGAAGGAAACGACCGUGUUCGGGAGUGAAGUCGGAACGAAGGAGGAAGAAACGUGGAACGGAGAGAUGCAGGAGUGACGAGGACGUGGCGAUACGGACGAGAAGAGAAAGACAAGGACACAGGUAACAGUAAAGACGGAGGCAGCGGAGAGCGGAGAGAGCGAGACGAUCAGCAGCGAACGUGUGAUCCAAAAUGGCGUUGAACCAGGACGUGGAGCAAUUGUCCAAGAGCAACCUCGUUGUCAGGAUCGAUCAGAAUUCCGAGUCCGAUCUGCAGGCGCUGUUCGACACCGUGCUGAAGCCCGAUUCCAAGCGACCGCUGCAGGUGCCAUUGCGCAUGCGUAACCUGCCGGAGUCUUUCUUCAACCCACCGUCCGCCGGCAGCAAGAGCCCCUCGAUCUCGCACUCCCGCGAGAACUCGGCGGAUUCCGCGUUCGGAGCGGCCGUCGUCGCGACGCCCAACGGCGGCACCGAGCGAGCUGGCGGCGGCGCCGGUGGUGGUGCACCUACUGGGGGCGCGGCCGGUGGCGGAAACGCCGCCGGUGGCGGUAACGCCGCGGGUGCCGCGGGUACCGGCGGUGGUGCGGCUGGCGGUGCGGCCGCCGGCGGAGGUACCGGCGGCGGCGGCGCGAACAAUCCUGCGGGUGCGGUCGCGGUCGCCGCAGCGGCAGCGGCGGCUGGCCUGACCGUCGCGCAUCCCCGCGCACACAGCAGCCCAGCUUCCCUCCAGCAGACGUACGCCUCGGCGCAACAGGCGCCGCAACACGCGCCGCAGCCGCACGCGCGUCACCACCAUCAUCAGAAGCAGCGCAGCUACGACGUCAUCAGCACGGUCGACGACCUGGGACCGCUGCCGCACGGAUGGGAGCAGGCGCGCACCGCCGAGGGCCAGAUCUACUUCCUCAAUCACUUGACGCGUACCACGACAUGGGAGGAUCCACGAAAAACGGCCGCAGCAGCGAGCGUAGCGGCAGUGGCAGCUGCAGUCGAGAGCAGCAAGUCCAACUCACUUGGUCCACUACCCGAUGGAUGGGAACAGGCACGCACAGCCGAGGGCGAGCUCUACUUCAUCAAUCACCAGACCCGCACCACUUCGUGGUUCGAUCCGCGAAUUCCAGCAGCGCAUCUCCAGCAGAGAUCUCCUGCAUCCAAUGCAAUGCUGCCGCAGAACUGGCUUCAGCAACCCCCCAGCGCUAUCCAGAACAACCAGACUCUGCAGGCCUGUCAGCAGAAGUUGCGCCUUCAGUCGCUGCAGAUGGAACGUGAACGCCUGAAGCAGAGACAACAGGAGAUAAUGCGUCAACAAGAGUUGAUGCUAAGGCAGAGUACCACGGACGCUGCCAUGGAUCCGUUUUUGUCGGGCAUUAACGAGCAACACGCACGUCAAGAGAGCGCGGACAGUGGUCUAGGUCUGGGUUCGGCUUACUCGCUUCCUCACACCCCAGAAGAUUUUCUCGCCAACAUCGAUGACAACAUGGAUGGCACGAGCGACGGAGGUGCGCCAAUGGAGACACCCGAUAUGUCUACCCUGAACGAUCCGACGGAUGAUCUGCUGCCAUCGCUUCAGCUGAGCGAUGCUGACUUCGGCAGCGACAUACUGGACGACGUGCAAUCGCUCAUAAACCCCAACACGACCAAACCAGAGAACGUGCUGACAUGGCUAUAGUUGAUGUAAGGACGAGGCAUACCUGUGGCGGAUUCAUGCGGCCCGCGUGAUCGGACCGUGCGAUAUCGAUACGUUCAAUCAGCGAGAGACGCGGGAGACUCCUUCCGCGGAAACCUACCAACAACCAAGUACGAUUAUUCCACAGAAGCAGCACCCUCGUUCACGUGACGACAAUUUUCAAGCUUAGUACACGGUGGCCUUUAUAAUUACACGUAAUGCUCAACAAUUUCAACACGUAUGCGUACACACGCGUGUACGUGCGUACGUGUACGUACGUGUAUGUAUAAGGAUUCCUAUUUUUCCGAUCUCCUUCUCUCUCUUCUUUGCUCGGCUGCGGGACGUGAUUGUGCAUUUGCGAAUGUGCGUGUGAUUGUAUUUGUGUACUAAGCAUUUUGUAUAUAAGUUUAUAUUUCCUUGCUACGCCGUCCGAGGAAAAGAGAGGGGGAGAGAAAGAGAGAGAAGGAGGGGAAGAGAGACAGAGAGAGAGAAAGAAAGAAAGAAAGGAGAGAUAGGAAGAGACUGAAAGAUUAGAAAUGUUGACAAUAAUUUUUUACUACGUCCCAUAUUACUCACGGAUCACGGAAGAAGCAGAGCGAAAGCUACUGUACCUAUAUUAUUAAUAUUAAGCAAUCAGCAUAUUGUUAAUGCGUUAAUAUUUUAUAACAAGCCCAAUUCUGAAGCGCAACUUGGUACUAUGAGGUAUCAAUUUUUACGCGACCGCGUAUUUCUUCUCUCUCUCUCUCUCUCUUUCCUGCUCUCUCCUCACGUGUGCUAUAUCGAUCGCGAUAUACGACAUCGUGUGUGUUCAUAGAACGCUUCGAUGUGUAUCCAUGCUCGAAAGAGAGAACGCUCUAAAUGCAAUUGAUCGUGUACACGUGUACAGAGUACACAUCAAGCGAAAGAUCGUCAAGUUCAACGAACGCGAAUACGAGAAUAGAGAUUUCGUUGGACAUGACGAUAUCCGUUGGAGAGAUAGUCGUAAGGUAUUUAUACUCUCUCGGCUUGUGAUUGUAUCUUCUUGCGGCUUCGAGAGUCGAUGGUUGAUGGGGAGAUUUUCGAUUAUCUAGGAAAAUAUCAAAAUACUUGCAACGAAUAUUGCAAACUCAAUACUUCAUCACAAUUGAUCGUAGAUUCUUCUAUUCAUAACGCCGUUAAUUUAUUAUUCGUCGACGAAUGAAUAAAUGUUUUCUACCGCUUCAUCGUUCUCUUUCUCUCGUUUUAUAAAUAGCACGAAGAUACAGUAACAAUCUGGGAACGUAAAUCGUGAUUAUUGUUAACGAAAUUAUCUUUCGUAUAUUUUGAAAAUCGAUGACUUUUGAGAUAAUAUUAUGUAGUAGUAGUCAAUACUUAGUGGAGGAGGAUCGUGGUAUUUUUAAUGGCAUAAGAAACGCUUGUUGAUACUUGGAACGUUACGAAUUCUAAACGCAUACAAAUUUGUGCGUUACGUAAUAAUUGGCGAGACUUGGAGAUGGACAUCUCUUUCUCUUCGAGUCGUCAGUUUUCAGACUAUAUACCGCAUAUCAUGAUCAAAUGCGUUCGCAAACGUACCCACGACGUAACUCUUUAAACAAGCGAUAUGCGAUGUGCCUUGUCUUUACACUUAAUUAACGUGACGGCCCACCGCGGUCGUCGUUUUUCAAUGAACGAUAACCGUCCAUAUAAAUCGCAAAUUAUUACAGUAAGUAAUACAUAUUUUACUCUCGCUUGGAGGUAUUUCCGAUCGGAGAGCAAAUACAAAAUGAAAAAAAUAUAUAUAUAUUUUUUUUAUAUGUAAAGUCUAUGCUCUUGUUACGAGUUGCAGUUAUAUCGGUAUUUUUCGAGAAAUCCUGUUAGAUUGUAAACUUCCCUUGCGUUUUAUAUACAACGUACAGUUAUAGUACGAAAAUCGCGCAAGGGAGGAGCAGAUAUAUGAUAUUUACAGAUUUACCUAAAUAUCUCAUUUUUAGCCGUAAGACCGUUUCUCCGUUUUACUUUUCUUCGACGAUUCAAACGGCGAGAAGGAAGGAAAUCGCCAACCGCUGAGUUUGUCUUGCGAGAAUAGAUCGGUUCGCGGAUUAAUCGUUUAUUACUGGUAGUCUCCCAAGUCUGGUAGAGGAGAUAACGCGCGUAUACAGGUAAUUAAUUACCUAAUUAAUUACGUAAUUAGUUACAUGUGGCAGCUUGCAGCGUAGAACAAGGUGUGAAAAUUCAUGCGACUGUUUCCCUCAUCGGUCAAUUCGAUCAGCGAAUAGCGCACCGUUAUGCUGCCAAACAUCGAUGUUUAAUAAACAUUUUCACAAUUGUAGAUAACAAGAACAGUAUACAUAACGUACGAUAGACUGCGUUGAAGAUCAUUGUUGACAUAUCGAUACUAAUUUUUUAUAUAAGUAUAUGAAGAAAAUGCCUUUUAUAUGCGCGAUCAGGGAGUGGUAUGCUAUGAAACUGAAACAGUCGCGUGAAUUUACGAUGACGUAUGUUAAGGACAAUGGCAAUCUUAUCGCGCAAGCCCGUAGUUUUCUAGUACUGCCUCUCCCGCUUUUUCCCGUGAUCGGAAAAAGUCUCGGGAGAUCGAGGUGAAUCUACGUUUCGUUAUUCGCACACUCCUACGUUGAUGGGUUCUCGUUUCAACUGGUCGGCCGUGCGAAUGCCGAACCUCCGAACCUCUUUAUUUUUUUUUCUUUUCUCUUAAGAUAGUAAGAAGAUGCGCUGAUCAUGUAAACGUUGAUUUGAUAUUUGUGUUACUAUUCUGUACUUUUCGGCUGAAAUUCUGGAAGGCGAAGACGUCGCACGCCGCGGCACGGUGAACGUGAACUCUUGUUUUACAUGAACUAUAGCUGUCGAUCAUCUUCGUGCAUCUUCUUGGCUGUACGUGGAAUCGUAAUUGAAACUGUCAUUUUUAAUGUCUUUUAUACCGGAUCGGGGACGGGAGCGCCCUCGUGUUUUAUUCAGUUUUGAGUUCCUCUUCUUUUUUUACUCGCCACCUUUUAUUUCCUCGCUCCAAUUUUAUUCAGCCGCUUUUAUUUUCGUUUUACUCGAGUUCGCCGUGCUCGCUGCGUUUACGUCUUCCUAUCGUCUUCCCCCGAUUGGCAUCGCCGAAUCGAAUCGAAAGCGUUCUGCAUCGAGCGGCUGGUCGUGCCGAUCGGCGCGUGCGGUCUUCCAGAAGCGUCAGAUCAAAUGCGUCUAAUGUAUUAUUUUAAUUGCAAUUUAACGAUACUAUUAAUGUUUACCAUACUGUAUCUUGCUUUUAGUCUGAACUCAGUCUAGAUUAUGUUCCGGGGAGCAUUGCGAUACAGAAAUUUACACAAGUGCCUUCACGCGGAUGUCCUCUAAGCAGGAACACAGGUGCCUCGAUCGAGAUACAUGUCGAUCGCUCGACAUCGAUCGAACACGUAAGAUAUCUUUAGGCCGAAACUCCCCGCACUUAGACUGCGCGUUGGCGUCCGUAAUAUAUCUGAGAUUAUAUAUAUAUUUAUAUGUAUAUUUAUAUAUAUAUAUAUAUAUUUUCACAGAACAAAAGAGCAAUUAGUUGUGUAAUAUCAGUAUUUAAAUAUGCUCAUUGGCAAUAAUUUGUGAGAUGUACGUUUUUAUAUCGAUAACAAGUGCCUUAGUAUAUGAUAACGGUAACAAUAAAUAUAUUAUUUACUUAC